AGAGAGAGAGAAGGAGAGGGAGAGGACCGAGGAGAAGAGAGAGUGAGAGUGGUAUUAUUUUUCGCACCCGCCGACCAGAAUGCGUGACGCUUAAAACUCCCCGCCCGAUGCGAGCGAAGGUUACAGGGGCUACGACUUGAAGACAGACGCAGUGCAGAGGUGGGUGUCUGAAGCUUUGAUGAGUGUCCAAAGUAGUAACAGUGGAAGUGGUGGUGGAAGUUUGGAGGGGACGCCAUCUUGGUCCCAGCUCUCCACGUCCCCAACGCCGGGAGCUCUGCAGACGAGCGCGGCACCUGUGAGGCCUCAUAAAGAAGGUACAAUGGAAGAACUUCAUAGCCUUGACCCUCGACGGCAAGAACUGCUAGAAGCAAGAUUUACAGGUGGAGUCAGUACUGGGAGUGGGAGUGGAAGUACAGGAACUAAAGCUUUAACAAAUAACGAAUGUUCUAAUCACAGUUUUGGAAGCCUUGGAUCAUUAAGUGACAAAGAAUCGGAGUCACUCUCCAGCCCAGACUCUUGCUUAUUCUCUCAAGUCCAACCACAGAGACGACGUAAAACUGCCAGCAAUGAUAGUACUCCAGAAAAAAAGCAACCCGACUCCUCGAGAGGAAGAAAGCGGAAAGCUGAGAGCCAGAGUGACAACAGCCAAGGAAAGGGUGCUGGCCGAGGACCUAAAAUUAGUGACUAUUUUGAUUAUACAGGUGGCAAUGGAACAAGCCCAGUGAGAGGUGUACCACCUUCAAUUCGAUCUCCUCAGAAUUCAUCUCUUCGGCAGAAUAGUCCAUCUCCUACUGCAUUAGCUUUUGGAGACCUCUGUGUUCCACAACUAAAGCAAACUCCUGUCUACUGCAAGACGACUCAGACCGACUUAACCAUGGUAAAAUUAGCUGCACUGGAAACUAAUAAGAAUUUAGACCUGGAAAAGAAAGAAGGCCGAAUAGAUGACUUGCUAAGGGCUAAUUGUGAUCUAAGAAGGCAAAUAGAUGAACAGCAAAAACUGCUCGAGAAGUACAAAGAACGGUUAAACAAGUGCAUGACAAUGAGCAAAAAGCUGUUGAUUGAAAAGAGUAAGCAAGAAAAGCAAGCUAGCAGAGAGAAGAGCAUGCAGGACAGGUUACGCCUGGGCCACUUCACUACAGUUCGACACGGUGCGUCAUUCACUGAACAAUGGACCGAUGGCUAUGCAUUUCAGAAUCUUGUAAAACAGCAGGAGUGGAUAAACCAGCAGAGGGAAGAAAUUGAAAGACAAAGAAAACUACUAGCGAAGAGGAAACCUCCUCCGACCCAGAAUUCACAAGCCCCUGCAGUAAACUCUGAGCAAAAACAACGUAAAACAAAAGCUGUAAAUGGUGCGGAAAAUGAUCCUUUUGUCAGACCACACCUUCCACAGUUAUUGACGGUAGCAGAGUAUCACGAACAGGAAGAGAUCUUUAAACUUAGAUUAGGACACCUUAAGAAGGAGGAAGCUGAAAUUCAAGCAGAACUUGAACGCCUAGAACGAGUCCGAAAUCUGCACAUACGUGAACUUAAACGAAUAAAUAAUGAGGACAGCUCACAAUUUAAAGAUCAUCCUACGCUGAACGAGAGAUAUUUAUUGCUACAUUUGCUGGGUCGAGGUGGCUUCAGUGAAGUAUAUAAGGCCUUUGAUUUGAUUGAGCAGCGGUAUGCAGCAGUAAAGAUUCAUCAAUUGAACAAAAACUGGAGGGAAGAAAAGAAGGAAAACUAUCACAAACAUGCCUGCAGAGAAUACCGAAUACAUAAAGAAUUGGAUCAUCCCCGAAUAGUUAAAUUAUACGACUAUUUCUCCCUGGAUACAGACACGUUUUGUACGGUUUUAGAAUACUGUGAAGGAAAUGAUUUAGACUUCUACCUGAAGCAGCACAAGUUGAUGUCUGAGAAGGAAGCGAGGUCUAUUGUAAUGCAGAUAGCAAACGCAUUGCGGUAUCUAAAUGAGAUCAAGCCUCCCAUUAUACACUAUGAUCUAAAGCCUGGUAAUAUCCUUUUGGUCGACGGAACUGCAUGUGGAGAAAUAAAAAUUACUGAUUUUGGCCUAUCAAAAAUUAUGGAUGAUGACAAUUACAAUGCAGUGGAUGGAAUGGAUCUGACCUCACAAGGAGCAGGAACUUACUGGUACUUGCCUCCUGAAUGUUUUGUAGUAGGAAAAGAGCCACCCAAGAUUUCAAAUAAAGUUGACGUUUGGUCUGUAGGAGUUAUUUUCUUCCAGUGUCUUUAUGGACGAAAGCCAUUUGGUCACAACCAGUCACAGCAGGACAUCUUGCAAGAAAAUACAAUAUUGAAAGCAACAGAAGUUCAAUUCCCUGUUAAGCCAGUUGUUAGCAAUGAAGCAAAGGGUUUCAUACGGCGUUGUUUAGCUUACCGCAAAGAAGACCGUUUUGAUGUCCACCUCCUGGCUAAUGAUGCCUAUCUUCUCCCUCAUAUGCGAAGGUCAAAUUCUUCAGGGAAUCUACACAUGACUACUCUUCCUGUUCCUCCAACAUCAAGCACCAUCUGUUAUUGAGACUUAUUUUUGUCAGGCUGACUAGUAUUGUAAAGCUUCUUUCCAGACCUAACUUUCUGCAGGGUGUCGUAACUCGUAUUUUUUCCUCUCUCGGAGGAAAAGGCAGGCAAGAAGGAGAGAAGAGAACGGAGAAGAAAGAGGCAGUGGAAUGAUCAAGGAGAUGUGCUCAUGUUAACAUAUUUUGAAUCCUUUGAUUUUGAUCUACUUCUUAAAUGAAAUUGAACUAUGGACAACAGUAAAGCUGCACUUCCAAAAGUGACAGUAAAACUCAGUCCCUCCCCCCCCCCCCCCAUCAAGCAGCCUUUGUGUUCAAAAGUUAAAUUGUUUGUUCACCCUCUUUUUUUGGGAACACUGUAUAUAGUAGUCUAAUGAAUUUGGGACUAUUUUUAAUACUUAAUACUGUUUUGGUUUAGAAUAAGCCUACAAUGAGGUGUUUGAGCACAAAGAAGGCAAAAUGCAGAAAUCCAACAGUCCACCCCAAUAAAAAAAUUAUGUAAAGAAAGAUUGUAGUAGCUUUUGUAAACCUGCAAAAUGCACAAGAACAUUUGCAUAUUGAAGCUACUAUAAGCAGCUGGUGUAUUUAUAGGUCAAACUGUAGAAUGUACUGUGCAGAAUAAUAGUAAAAUAGCAUUGUUUUAUAUUGUUGUAAAUGAUUUCAUUAUAUUUACCUUAUUCCUAAGUUACAGCAGUUUUGAUUCUGUACAGGCUGUGUAAAAAUCCGGCUUUAUUUGUUUAGUUUUACUAAUUGGGUCUCUGAUUCCAACAUUGGAGUGUACCAUUGCUGCUAGGUGGCGUUGUUAUUUUUGUUAAUAUUAUUUGGCCUCCACACAUACGUUAUCCACAAAGACCUGGUAUGUAAAAGGCUUUAAUUUCUAUUAAAUAAGACCAUUUUAGGCAGAUUUUUAAAAAGGAAACGUUUGAAGACAUAGAGACCAUUUUAUCGACGAAUCUUGACUCAUUUGUUAAAAUUAUUCCAUUUUGCAACUGUGUGGGAGAAAAAACUGCAAAUGUGAGUGAGAUUGUAAUAUGUUUGCAGAAUAAUUGAUUUCUCUCCUGUAUAGAUAUAUAUAUAUGAUAUGAAACAAAUUCUGAAAACUGCCUCUGCGCUGUACAAAUUACAAAUAUUCCCAGUAAGCUGCAAAGUCUUGCUGUUCAGUACACUUACUGCUUGUUUUUACUUCCAUAUUGUAGAAUGCCUGUAUGUAAUUUGUACUCUUUGCAACGAAAAACAGAAUUGGUUCAUCUAGGCUUUAUUAACGUUGUACAAUUAAGCUGUUGCCUGUGUUGCUGGUGUAAAAGCUACAUCAUUUUCACUGUAAAUAAAAUACGUUAACUGUCAAUAAAAAGGUGCUGCUGAAAUUGUAGAGAAUGUAGCUGAAACCAGUAAUAAAUAUUCAAAAUUCUAUUUCA